CAAAGCGGGAGUCCAGAACCAAUCAACCAAAAGGUAGAGAGAGAAUGCGGAGCAUAACGCUCUCUUCAGAGAGCGUGUUACCGAGCACGCAUUCACCGCCUUCAUCGUCCUCUCCUAAGCCUCUCAAAUCAGUACACUUUUGUUUCAAUUCUUGCUUCAACCAUCGCAAUUCGAAACUCUCUCACUGUAGUCCAAUUCUCCUCUCCAGGUAUUCAAGACAGCAAUGUGUGAACAUAUAUAAUAAGCGAUUGCGGCACUUUUUACAGACUGAUUCGCAUGGACACGAGUUCAGGUUCAUUAAUUACAGUAAGUGCGAAGCAAAAUCAAUGCAAAAUGUUGAUGACUGCAGUGUCCUUGACAAAUCACCUUCUGACAGCAAAAAGAGAAGGAAAUAUUGGAUACCUGUGGAUGUCCCGGUUGUGAAUACAACAUUCCGUAAUUAUUUAAUGUUUGCCAUGCUCUUUGGGUUGUUUGCAUUUGAAGACACUCAACAGGCAGUUGCUGGUUCAGAUUUUGCCAGUGGAUUGCAGUCACUUCCAGUUUUAGGGGACCUCGGUGAUAUUAGCACAGGUUUUGCUUCAGCAUUCUUGCUGAUUUUUUUCUCUGAACUGGGGGAUAAAACCUUUUUUAUUGCGGCGCUUUUAGCAGCUAGGAAUUCUGCUGCCAUUGUUUUCCUUGGGACUUUUGGUGCACUUGGGGUAAUGACAAUCAUAUCGGUUGUCCUUGGGCGAACUUUUCAUUAUGUUGAUGAUAUCCUUCCAUUCAGAUUUGGUGACACCGAUUUGCCUAUUGAUGACAUUGCUGCAGUUUGUCUUUUGGUAUAUUUUGGGGUUUCAAGCUUGCUUGAAGCCACCUCCGGUGAUGGCCUAAAGGCAGAAGAAGAACAGAAGGAGGCAGAGCUGGCAGUAUCAGAACUUUCAGGGAAUGGUGCUGGGAUUUUGGCUGCUGCUAAUACAGUCAUUAGCACUUUCCUGCUAGUUUUUGUUGCUGAAUGGGGUGAUAAAUCAUUUUUCUCCACAAUAGCACUUGCUGCAGCUUCUUCACCUCUUGGAGUUAUUGGAGGAGCACUAGCUGGUCACGGAGUUGCAACUUUGCUAGCUGUUUUGGGAGGUUCAUUACUAGGUACAUUCUUAUCUGAGAAGGUUAUUGCCUACAUCGGAGGUUCUCUGUUCCUCGUCUUUGCAGUAGUAACAUUGAUUGAGAUAGUGAAUUAGAACUGUCGCAUUUCUUCUCUCUCAAAUAGUUGAAUUUGUAGGAUUAUGUAAAUUCAUUAAAACAGCAUUUGCUUUCACUGGCUGUGUAUGAGACUGGAAAAUUGUUUCAGAAAAUCUGGAUUCGUUCAUGAACCAGUACAUUCGAGCUAUUUGGCAGGUAAGCUGCACACAUACCACACUGCCUCAUGUUGAGGUUGGCUGAUGCUUACUUUGUUUUCCUGUUUCUUGAGAUCUGAGAUUCGUAAAUUUCACGUACGUGGUCCCUUUGAUAUUUAUGGUGAAUCUUAUUAGCUAA